AAUGUAUACGCUAUUCUGAGAAACUUUAGUCUCAGUUCAGUUCAACUUUCAACAACAUGAAAAUAAUAUUGGCCUUUUGUUUGUUCACAGCUGUAGCUGCAUUAGAGCUUUCUCCAGAGGAAAAGAAGUGCCAAGAGCAGGUGGAUGCCUCCGAGGAGGAUGUCGAAAUGUUCAGGUCACUGCAACAGCCAGAGGAGCGCACCACCAAGUGUUACUACGACUGCAUGUUGCAAAAGAUUAACUAUUCCGACGGAAAGCGGUUCAACCGGGAGGGAUUCCUGCACACGAUGACGCAGGUGGCCAAAAACGAGCAGCAACGCAAGGCCAUACAACACUUGGGGGAUCAAUGCAACGGAACGGAGAACGACGAUCCGUGCGAGCUGGCGGCCGACAUUGUGGCGUGCCUUUUUCGGUGAAUUUGUAUGGAACUAAAAUUUUGUUUUCAAAAUCACUGAAAGUUAAUACAAUUACAUAAU